AUGAACUGCGAAAGGGAGAAGAUGACUAUAUUGUGGCUGAAUAAGGACGUGAACUCGCCCAGAAAGCGGAUGAGAAACAGUGUGGGAAGGGCACAGCCCACUUGCUGGGAUGAAGAAAGGCAUCAUGAUGGUGGUGCUGCUGGUUGUGUGAAUGACUUUGGCUCUCCUGGCUUGAACACAUCUACUGGGUCUGCUGGACUGGGCGACAUGGAAAACAUCCAUCUCAGCACUCCACAGCACCCCAGUUCUUCAAAGAGUACACCCAAACUACGCUUAAAAUUGACUGGACGCCAUAGAUCACUGUUUAAUAAAAGUCCUGGUGAUGACAGUGCUUCAGGACAGAAGUCUUCUGUUCGACCUUCACUUCCAUCUGCUGGGAAGAAACGCAGAAGUGCAGAACAAGGGCAAAAAGCCAUUUACCUCAAAGCAUUGAAUGAUGCAAUGAGAAGUGCAGGCAAAAAGUCAUCGGUGUUUGGACCUAAAAGUGUGAAUGCAGAGGAGGAAAAGCACUCUGACCUCGACUGCUGCUCGUUCAGUGAGAAUGAACCAUCUCUGAUUGCAUCUAAAGAUGAUGGUCCUCCCCCGCUGGAGUUCAUAGACACAGAUGAUGGGACGGAAAUAAAAGACACCAGGAAUGUGAUCCAACGUCCUGAGUCGCCUGAUUGGUCCGAUGUUGAGGAUUCAGGACAGGUUGAAGUGUUCUCACAGGAUGAUUCUUUCAAGCCAAAGAGGCAGCAAAAAAACCUUAAAACAGACUGUGGAGUUGUGGACUACACCGACACUCCUCCACUAUUGCAAUACAAUCCUUACACAACUUUAAUGCCUGAAACAUUCCCUACAGAAGCUCAAGGCUCUGAGCAACCACCUCAGGAAACAUCCUCGGACCUUUCAUCCACCAAAAACUAUUUACGUUCUAGGUCAUUUAGGCGGUCCCUCAAAUUACACCGUUCAUCAGUAGAUCUGAUCCCUGAGCUUCAAGCCAGCAUUUCUGCACCCUCCUCACCAGCUAGCUGGGGUUAUUUACCUUAUUUGAACCGCAGAACUUCUGAAUCAAAUGUAUACACAUCUCCGCAGAUGCUUCUCAUUGCAGACAGUGUAACCCGCAGGAUUUCGGCUGGCUCAGAGCCUCUUUGGCUGCCAGAUUUGAGCUACUCCAAAGCGGAUUCUGCUGGAUUUAUUGACACGCACUGUCACCUUGACAUGCUCUACGGGAAGUUGGGUUUCAAAGGAAGUUUCCAAAGGUUUCGGAGCAUGUAUGCAAGUAGUUUCCCAGGGGAGUUUAAUGGCUGCAUCGCAGACUUCUGCAACCCAAGAAUCACAGAGAGAGAAGCCAUCUGGGAAGGACUGCUGGGAGAGGAGAAAGUGUGGGGGGCUUUUGGUUGCCACCCGCAUUUUGCUAAGGAGUAUGACAAAAAUUAUGAGCAAAGCAUCAUGGCUGCUAUGCGCCACCCUAAAGCUAUUGCGUUUGGAGAGAUCGGUUUGGAUUACUCCUAUAAGAACUCCACAGACUCAAGGAAACAGAAAGAGGUGUUUCAACGGCAGUUGCAGUUGGGGGUCGCUCUCAGGAAACCUCUAGUCAUACAUUGCCGUGAUGCUGAUGACGAUGUGCUGACAAUUAUGAAGAAGUGUGUUCCCCGAGAUUACAAAAUACACAGACACUGCUUCACCAACAGCUACUCAGUGAUUGAGCCGUUCCUAAAAGAGUUCACUAACCUGUGUGUGGGUUUCACUGGACUGGUGACGUACCAUCGCGCGACAGAGGCUCGAGAUGCUGUGAGGAAAAUCCCCCUCAAUAGAAUCCUUCUGGAGACAGAUGCUCCAUAUUUCCCACCCAGACAGGUGCCCAAGUCUAUAUGCAGGUUUGCUCAUCCUGGUAUGGGAAUCCACACACUGCAUGAGAUCAGUCUGCUGAAGGGAGAGCUCCUGCCCACUGUACUGCAAACUAUCCGACAAAACACUACACAUAUAUAUGGACUGUGAAUGAAAACCCCAAGUUACUAUAGUAAGUAGCAAUAUCAGUCUGCUAAUGCAGUCAGCUAAUUCUUGUAUGUAUCCUCUUUGACCC